AUAGGAGAGUCCACAUAACUCAACGUUGUCAGGGCUAAAACAUAAAUCAUGAAUGGCAUUCACCAUUUUCUUAAGAGCACAAUUGCAAAAAGGGACACUAGCAACCAUUCUGGAAGAUGGAAGCACAAAUCCCCUUUACUAAUAAACGUAGAUUCCUCUUCCUUUUAAAGAGCAUCCAAGUGCAUUAUGUUCAUUUAUACAGUAAUGAAGGAGAGUGUCAUUCCAUCGGUUUUCUGUAAUUUUCAGGACCUGAUCGAAAUGCCUACAUUUUCUCCCUUUCAGUGUCAGGUACAAAAGCCGAAGCCCUCGUGGCCCCUCUGCCUAGAAGCCAAGCGCCUGGGACCUGCAGUGGGAGCUGGAGGUUCCCCUGUCCUCAGUAGCGGCAGGCGCCCGGGGCAGUCGCCACGUCCGCGGGGCCCUGGCCUGGCUCGUGCCGGACCCGUGUCCAGAGGGUUCCCCACGUGAGACCCCACGUGCCGCCCUCGCGCCCUGAUACCAACGGUCGCUCUAGCCCUGCGAGUUCCGUGUCCGCAGACACUUGGGGCACUUGUGGAAGCCGGGUUUCCUCGUCGGAGUCCCCGACCCCACCGCACCGCGAACAUGGGCAGCUACCUGAGCAGAUACGUGGGCAGAUACCUGGGCACAGCCAAGGCCGCGCUGCCACGCCCCGCUUGGAGGUGCCGGUCCCUGCGGCCCAGGCUGGCCCACCGCCCCCUGGGCCCGAUUCAGAGCCAAGUCAUCUCCAUCCACCGGGAGCGCUGGAUCCGGCGCCGGCCCCGCCCCACCCUGCCGCCCCACCUGGACCACCCCAGAGUCCAGAGGGCGAUAGUCCCCAAGGCCUGGAGGCGCUUUCACGGCAAGUCACCCCUCCACACCUUCCUGGGGUUGGAUUUCUCUAGCAACCGCGAGAGUUUCAUGAAGCAGUGGCUUUGGAAAGCCCGGAACCUCCUAAACAUCUGGAACAUGGCGACCAUCAAAAUCACUCCUGCUGAGCGCAGUGGGAGCUUCAGGGGUCCACCCAUCCAGGAGCAGCCGGACUCCUGUGCCAAGGAGACCCGGCUGAGGGCUCGGAGCCCAUGCAGGAAAGGAAAGAAGAGGAUCCACAGACCUCUCCAGUUUGAAGCCCCCCACGCCAAGAGAAGGAGGCCGAGCCCAGGGGCCAGGCCAUCUGCCUUCAAGCCUGUGUGGAAAGAUGGAGUGGUCCCUUCCUUUGUGCCCAGGCCUGGGCCUCUGAGAAGGGGCCUCUGCUCCUGGCAUCCUGGUGAUGGAGCAGACGCCCACCCCGGGCCUAACCUGCUGCCAGGGCACCACCAGGCCACCGCAGAGUCCCCGGGCCUCGGCUGAGGAGCUGAUGAUCAGCACUCCCCAGGGCCUGGGCCCUCCUGCAGCCUGGGGUCCCCCCUUGAAUCCUCAGCCAGAGCCCUGUCCCCACCACCUCCUGAGACUCAAAGCCACAGUUCUUUUACCCUGCUGACCCCUGCUCUACCCCUGCAUGAGGGACUGACCCCACCAGUCAGCCCUCACCACCCCAGCAGGCAGGCCCUCCAAGCACCCAGACCCACCUCCCCUGACCCUGCAGAGUCCACACUGAAGAAACACCGCUGCUUUCAAAACCUCUGCCUUCCUCCUGCUCACCCACUCCUCCUGCCUUUUCCCUGGAAACACUCUUAGCAGGAAGGCAUGCUUCUCCCCUAUAAUCCCAGUUUCUAGAGGAAAACGGUGUUCUUAUUUUUAAAAUAAUAAACAACUUCAUUAUCA